AUGCCUCAGCAACGCCGCCGAGUAGUCUCCUGCCCGACGUGCCGCCGUCUAAAGACGCGAUGCGAAGUACCCAUAGGCUCAGCUGUCUGUGGUCGUUGCAAAGCCUUGAGAAUACCUUGCCAGCUUCCCUUGGAUGCGCAGGCUUCCAUAGGUUCUGUCUCUAGGAGCCCGCCGACGCUUGUUCAAGCAUGCAACUGUGAAGAAAGGCUUACUGCCCUCGAGGCCGAACUGGCAGAGUUGCGAUGCGCAGUGCGUGAGCUUACCCAAAACACAACUUCUCGCGCACCACAAAGUGCACAGAGUGAACAGAAUAUCACCGCCCCGGUUCCCGAAAUAGCUGGUGUCUCUCAUGCAGAAGCUGAGGAUCAAACGUCCGCAACUCGCCCUGAUUCGCCAGUCGCCCCAGUCCAUGUAAUCCGAGAGAUGUAUACUUGGAUCAAUGGCAAUCCUGAAACGCCAAAGGAUGUCGUUGAGCUACCCGAGUCGAUCAUGGCUCAAUUGGCUUCAAAUAGACUAGGCCAGCGUCUAAUUGAGACAUCUAGGGAAAAUAUCCCUCGACUCCACUUCAUACAGAGAGCCAUUGACAAAGCGUUACAUGAAGAGUACAAUUUACUCUCUGUAACCUGCUUACUGGCAGGUGUGCAAACUAAUCCUUCCGUCAUCAGCAAAGACCUUCACACUUCACUCUACGGCGUCCUCAAGUCUGGGCUAGCAAAGCUCUCGCUCGAGUCUCCUCUAAGCCUACCUUCCCUCUACGCGAUGCUUCUUACCUGUCUUCUCAACUUGAGUCUCGGCUUUCAAGACAGUUUUAUCGACGCUUGGCUCUUGAGUGGCUCGCUCAUCCUUCACCUUAUGCUCUCGUUGGAUUUUCCUACGCUUCAGCAAUCACCCUUAUCAUUACGCUACACCGAGAACGAUAGAGACCUGAUAUUAACCUGGAAUGCUACAUGCCUUCAACAUCUCAAGUUCACUAUCGGUGUCGGGAAGCUGUCUGCUGUGCGCCUGGAUCUGGCGGCACAUUACAUCGGUGUAGUCAAGAAUGCGGAAUGUUUCAACGAGCUUGACAAGGAAAUUGUUGCCGAACUUGAACUCUUUAUGUUGCUAUACCGAGGGAUUGUCGAGGAGAGUAUCCCAACAAAUAAACUUCAAAGCAAUCUCACCCAAUGGCAUGUUGCUAAUGAAAAGCUGCUCAACCUUGCCCAUAGUAUAAAGCUGAAGUUUGCGCUCUCUACGUUCGGCUUAUUGGCCAACAGAUGGGAAUUGUCGCAACGGCAAAAGAAAGGCUUGAAUGACACUGGCGAGACUGCUGUGUAUGAACAGAAGAUCGAGUGCAUACUAGAACACAGCCAUGAAAUCAUACGCUUCUCCAUGGAAAUGACGAGCCAGAAGAAUAUCAUCCACACUUUUGACUUCCUGAUGGGCGCAUAUGCACACGUCACGCUGGUCGAGUUUUCGGACCAUCUCGAGGACAUUAAUAAGACCUUUCUUCUGAUGGAAGAAGUGCAGGAUCUUCGAAAGGACACUUAUGUUGAUGAACCAGUUUCAAUCUGGGCUAUGAACAUGAUGAGAAAAAGGGUUUACGAUGCGGCGCGACCAGAGUUAGAGACACGAACAGAAACGCUACCUGGUUUUGAUGUUUGGUGGCCGCCUUUUGAAGCUUUGAGUACUAGAAGGGAGUAUACCUCAACAGAAGUAAGCGAGGGAGACCAAUAG